UGUAUUUUGUUGAGCUUUCUGGAUGGUUCACAAAAUCACAAAAUUGACACAAAAUCUGUAUCUCUUCACUUUCUCUGUGUCCGUUGGGAACCAAACAGUGCCUUCUCUCUCCUCUCUCUCUCUAUCUUUCCCUUUCUCCCCUUUCCCUUUCUCUGUCAAAGACACAGACACANCCACCUCUUCCUCCACCGCCGCCGCCGCCCUUAGAGCCAUCUUCCGCCCGUCCGCAUCCGGCAGCAACCGCGGAAACCGCCCGCCGCCGACCUCAUCCUCGUCCUCCUCGUUCUUCCCUGAGCUCCGCCGUACAAAAUCCUUCUCCGCCUCGAAGAACAACGAGGGCUUCUUCUCCGGCGCAUUUGAGCCUCAGAGAAGAUCUUGUGACGUUAGGGUUCGCAGCACUCUAUUCUCUCUCUUCAACCAAGACGACGAGCGCAAAAUCCCCAAAAAAGAACCCUCCGUCGAGGUUGAAACCAGAAACCUCGCUUCCUCUUCCACUAUAGUUCAAGCUCCGGUCACCUUAGAAGAAGAAUCAGAAUCAGAAUCAGAGAGCGCUUCUGUUCUGGAGGAAGAGAUUCAAGAGCAAGAAGAAGAAAAUGAUCAAAACGAAGACGAAAUUAGGGUUCUAGAAGGACCUACAAAUGCGGUAGUUCCCAACAUUGUGACAGAAGAGAGGGUUGCAGUUACAGAAAUCGUGGAAGAAGAACCUGAACUCCAACCAGAACCGGAAAUUGUGGUUGUUCCGGAAGAGGAAUUGCUGAAGCCGAUGAAGGAACAUAUCGACCUGGAUUCGAACGCUAAGAAGAGUUCCGGCCGCGAUUUCAAGGGUAGCUUCUGGUCUGCAGCCUCAGUGUUCAGCAAGAAGCUGCAGAAAUGGAGGCAGAAGCAGAAGCUGAAGAAGCAGCGCUGCCGAAAUGGUGCCCUGGGCUCCGGCACCACGCUGCUGCCUGUGGAGAAGCCCAUUGGCAGGCAAUUCCGUGAGACGCAGUCGGAGAUCGCUGACUAUGGGUUCGGCAGGCGGUCCUGUGACACCGAUCCGCGGUUCUCGCUGGACAUUGGACGGAUGUCAUUUGAGGCCGGUAGGGUGUCAUUGGACGACCCGAGGUAUUCUUUCGAUGAGCCGAGGGCGUCGUGGGAUGGGUACCUCAUAGGGAGGACAUUUCCUCCUCCGAGGAUGCCUUCAAUGUUGUCUGUGGUGGAGGAUGCUCCUGUUCAUCAGGUCCUGAGGACUGAUACUCAGAUUCCUGUGGAGGAGCCUGUGAAUGUUAUGAUGAAUGCUAUCAUUGAGAAUGCUGAUCAGGCUAAGGUCCCCGGUGGCACUUUGCAGACUAGGGAGUAUUAUUCUGAUAGUUCCUCCCGGAGGAGGAAGAGCCUUGAUAGGUCUAGUUCAAUUAGGAAGACUGCAGCUGCGGUUGUGGCUGAGAUGGAUGAGUUGAAGCCUGUUUCUGGUGCAAUUCCGGUUGCAAAUGCCAAGGUAACUCCUGCCGUUGGCAUUGGUGGAGUGGGAGGUGGUGUUGGUAUUGGUAUUGGUAUCGGUAUCGGUGGUGGUGUUGAUUUGUCGCAUCAUGGGCCGAAGGCCGUGUUCCCUGAUAGGGACUUGAGGGACAGGGAUUCAAACUCGAAUUCCUUGAGGGAUGAUCACUCUGAGACCUUUGAGUUGGGGUCUAGAGAUGCAGCUGGGAUCAAUGGGGAGCGGAAAGGGGCUAAGAAGUCAUUCAGGUGGAGUAAGGCGUGGAACAUUUGGGGCUUGAUUAACCGGCGAGGAGGUGGGGGUAAUAAGGACGAUGAUGAGGAGAAUAGGUAUGGUAGAGGAAAUGGCGGAACGGUGGAGCGAUCUUUUUCCGAGUCAUGGCAGGAGUUUAGAGGUGAGCGGAACGGGGAUGUUAGAGGCAUAUUCAAUAGGAAUGCGUUGAGGAGCAACAGCAGUGUUAGUUGGAGGAAUGCACCAGCUUUUGGAGGUGGAGUUGGAGCGUUGGCGGCCAUGAGGAAGAGUGAUGUUCAGGCUAAUGGGCAUGGGAAGAAGGGCAGGGAUGAGGUUGUUUUGGAAAGAAAUAGGAGUGCAAGGUAUUCUCCUAACAACAACAGCAUAGACAAUGGCCUGUUACGGCUUUACUUGACGCCGAUGCGUGGCAGCCGGAGAAAUUGGCCCGGGAAAGGCAGGUCUAACCAGGCACAUUCCAUUGCUAGAAGUGUACUUGGAUUGUAUUAAAGAAUGAAGGUCCAUAGUUCUUUGGUUUGUUGAUGGUGUUGUUAGAUUUUGCUGCAUUUGUUGUGUAAAACACACGUCUAUGUAUUCUUGGUUGGUUGGUUGGAUAAAAAAGCACCCUGCAUUUCUUUUACAGUAAUUAGCAUGUUACCCUUAAACU